CGGCCCCUUUUCUUCAUUUUAUUUUUUAUGCUUCCCCAGAUCCACCCAAAACAGCAACCCACUUCCUUCAACUUUCAAGAUCUACUGCCGGCUGCACUCUCUUCCUUUGCUUGUCCAAAUCUGCUCCCAUACUCAGUGGUCCCUACCGAAAAUCUUCCUUCCUCCAUAGAUCUGCCUGGCUUGUGUCCGGUGGCCCAGUACCGAACAACCUUCCCUUGCCAAAAUUAUUUCCAUGGCUCGUGACUGAGAAGAACAAUCCAUGCCAACCAGAUCUGCUUCCAUGGCCGGUUCAAAGGCCACUCAUUGCUUAAAAUCACCCCCACCAGAUUUGGUUAUACUCUUUCAAAACCAAAAUCUUCAAGAUGAUGUGAACUGGGUACUCCAGCAACAAAAACCAUGCCAUUCAAAUCAAAAUUUCGUACCUCAUAAAAAAUCUCAGAUUUUGGGUCCUUAUUUUUUGUCUCAUCCGCCGACCUCUCUUACCUCCAUUUACCCACAGCCCAAAGAACAUCUUCUCCCUUUUCAGGUAAAACCUGACUAGAAUAAAUGGAUUGGCUCUUUUGGAGCUUGGCUAGUUUGGAGGAAAUCAGAAUGGGUGGACUGGAUUAAUCGUCUGGAACCUGAUUUUGGCCAAAUUUGGAAAGAUGUGGGUUUAUUUGAAUUUAUACAACUCACCAAAUGCAGAUUCACUAUGGAUAAGCCGGUCUUGGGUUCGGUUUUGUUAUUUUGGUCCGGCUCUUUCAAUUGUUUUCAUUUUCCCUGUGGAGCCAUGUCUGUGAGCCUUUUUGAUGUCAAUUCGUUAACUGGAUUGCCCUGCACUAGAGAAGAAAUUUCAGCACUAUUGACCUUGGCUCCAGGUGUUGAGUACAAUGCAGAGUUGAAGUCCUCUUAUCCAGCCUUUGUGAGGUCUGCCUAUGAUAAAAGUCCCACUAAAGAGUUUAUUCCUUUAGCUGCUGCUUUAGCGUAUGGUAGACAAAUGGCUAUGGAUCUUUUUUUGCUUGCUCAUUUGUACAGGAGUUGCCAAGAUAUCACAGAUCGCCCCUUAGUCAUUAGUGGUGGGCUGCUUUGGAAUUUACAGUUGUGGCUGUAUUCUUAUUUUCCGGCACUCGCUCCUGUCUCAUCUGCUAUUCCAGCCCGGGAUUUGCUCACUUAUGGCUUCAUGUUUAAAAAUGCCGUGGAGAACAAGAGAAGCUUUGAAGAGUGCCUCAAGUUUUUGCUUCUCUUCCUAUCGACAGACCUAAUGUAGACUUUGUUGUGUUUCUAGGCAGAUCUCACGGUCCUUCAUGGUACAGGACCGAUGUCAAAUCCCCAGAUUUUCGAGCAUUUUGGUCUGUUUGUGUGACUUCCUGGGAUCUGUUUGUUGGCUGUAGUUUGAACACUCUCAACUCUAGAUGCGGCAUGGAGCUCUAUGCACCGAACCAAUUCU